AUGGAAUACUAAGACGAUAUUUAAAGGUAUUAAAUACCCAGAUAGCUAUUAAGUCUUGAUAUGAUUACUAAUAUCCAAAAAAGACUCAGAGACUAUAAAGUUAGCAUUGAGUAUAUAGUGUAGUUUGUUGUUAAGUCUCAGAAGCACUUUGAAAAUCACUUGAAUGCGAUUAAAGAUAUGGCUGACUCUUUUAGCUUAAAUCCUAAUUAAAAGCACAUUAUGAAUGCCAACUCUAACUUUGGAAGAUAUUCGCUUAACAACCAACCUGUCUUCUCCUAGAUAGUCAACAUUUUCAAAGAAGCUAUUUUCGAAAUAUUAGAACUAAAUCCUGCUUUUUCUAAGGAUUCAACAGAGUUCGUUGAACAGAUGAAUAAGGAGUUAGACGAGGUCUAGUUAAAUUACUGCAAGAUAGCAAAGGAGUCUAUUUUAAUAUAUAAGGAACAUGAAAAAGAGUUCUACAACUAGUUCAAAAAUUAUAAAUAGCAAUCGAAGGAAACAUUAAAAAAAAUAGAAGAAUACAAUAACUGUCUAAACGACCCAAAGUUGCAUUACAAUCCUAAAGAAAAGCAAUUGAAGUGGGAAAAGCUAGAAAAAGAAUACAGUUUGCUUGGAUAAAAAGAAAAUAUUUUCUUUGACACCUUAGAGUUGAUUCAGACUAACAAAAAAGCACUUGGAAUUAAUCUCUAAGAGCUUAUGCAAAAAAAUUAAAAAGGUUUGGUGGAAAUAAUAAGAAUUUUUAUAUUAUAUGUAAUGAAAUCUUCGACUUCAUUUGUCCUUUUCUUUUUCUUCUACUCAAACUACUUGCAUAAGCAGCUAGAAAAGAAUAGUAAAUUUCAAUGGAGUCCUGAAAUCAUCCCUCCUCCUCUUUCUUACUCAUCCAAAAGUCAACCUUUCGACUCUCAAAAUAAAUUCCCUAAUUUCUUGUAUACUAAUUACAAUCUGACUGACCAUUAGUUAGUGGAGUUCUCUGAUUAUGCCAAGAUAUACAUCCACGAUAUAGAAAAAUAGUCUUCAGCUAGAUAAAAUGAAGUAGUUUUAUCUUUGAAAUUCUUAGAAUCUCUAAGAGACUACUUGGAAGGAUGUGCUAAAGGACUUAAAGAGUUAUAAGCCAAAUUUGAUACAAAAACAAAGUAAAAUAUAGCUUAAUUAAUGGGAAAAGAAGUAAGCCUUUAGAUAAACAUCUUAUAAAAUAACAUUGAAAUCGCUUCAAGCCAAAUAACUAAACACAGCAAAAUAGUAAAUGCUCAAUAUGAAAAAAUAAAAACUCAUCUGCAAAGCCUAAAAGAAUGUCAUCAAAGAGUUUUUACUGGCUUAAAUAAAUCCUUGUUUGAUCACAAUAGAAUUAGAGAUGAAUUUAAAAUUGUUCUUUUAUACUAAAGCUAGUACCAAUAUUAAUCAGCCUACAAUACUGUCCCUAGCUAGAGAAAUUAUUAGCCACCAUAAUAUAUAAAUGACCAUUACAGAAUGAGCCCAUAAAGCUCUAUUAACUCAUAAAACUAGAUGUCUCAGCCAAACUUCUAAAUUAUAAAGAAAAAGAUAGUUGAUCACCUACCUGUUUUGCAAGAAUGCAUUAUUUUCUUUUUGAAUGACUACGAAAAAACAAAUAUUAAAGAAUUGAGUGCAAUUAGAGAGGGAUUAAAAAAAUUGGUAGUUCAGAUUGAAAACAGCUGUAAAGAGAUGGUAGAUGAAGUUGAAAAGUAAGAAUAAAAUAAAAGGAAUCUAGAAAAUGGUCAUCUUAUAGGAAAUUCUGGUUAUUAAACUAGUAUUUAAAAUAAAGUUGAUGAGAGCUCAAUUCAAAUGUUUGUAUAGGAGCUAUUAAGAAAAGAUGAAGUCUAUAAAAUUUUAUAUUCUGAUAUGGACUAAGAUGUAUAGAAUUUAUAAGUGGAUUUUUCUAGGCAAACUUAUUUCAAUCAUAAUUUAAUUGAUAAUCUAGAACCGCCAUCAAGAUAUAACCAAAUUAGUAAAUUUACUAGAAGAUAGUCUUUAUUUGAUACAUAAGAGGAUGAAGAAAAUGAGAAUUUCCUAAGCUUCUAAUCUAAUUCUGAAGAAGAAAAGACAGCUAAAAAUGACAAUUUAGAAGAAAUUGGGUAUUAAACCUAUGGAGAUAAUUUAAUAUAAAAUUAAAAUGGAAAUCAUCUUUAAAAUAAUUCGCAACAAUAGAAUUAACAGUUUAGAAAACUUACUUCUUAAGAUAGCUUGUAGUUGAAUAAAACUCCUUCUCAAGCACGAAAGCAAGAACUUUAAUAGCAUGAAGAAUUUAUUAAAAAAAGAAUCUAAUGGAUUGAGGGCGAAGAACUUAAGCAUCAUUUUUCUUGUGCUUUCGCUUAAAGUAUAAAUUUGCAGGGAAGAAUUUACAUUACAAACAAAAGACUGAUUUUCUAAAGCUAUUUUAAUGGCAACACAAUAUUUUUUAAUGAAACCAUUCUAGAAAUCCCUAAAGGCGAUAUUUUGCAAAUUCACAAGAAAAAGAAUAUGCUUUUAUUUGAUAACGCUAUCCAAAUCGAUGUCGUUAAAGGUUCUUUGUUAUUUACUCAAUUCAUUUAUAGAGAUGAUGCAUAUAAUGCUAUAUAAAAAGUAUUAUAGCCUGUAAAUAUGGUAAGCUAAGCAAGUCCUUAGAGAGGAAUUUAGAAUUAAGAAGAAAAGAAAUAAUAUGUUUACUAAACUCCAAGUAAAAGUGUAAAAUCCAAAUCACAAACAUCUAUUUAAGAAGAUAGAGAUGAGCCCAGUAAUGAAAAAAUCCAACAAUAAAAAAUAUAGCGUAAAUAAAACAUAGAAUCUAUCAUCAAAUAAAAUGAAACAUUCAAAUUUGAAUUAUGUGAUGUCAUUUUAAAAGGAGAAAAUAUUACCAUUAGGGAUGUUUUCUAGGCUUGUUUGGGGGAUUUCCAGUAUUAGAAUCCUUCGACCAACACAGUUUAUGAUAACUUUUUCUAUUAUUAUAUCGAAAACGUAAUGAAGUGCUGGAAUAUACAGAUAGAAAAGUGGUCUCCACCACCACCUUAAUACUUUUAACAACAAAAUUAUCCCUUCUCUGAAGAAAAUGAGAAAAAGAAAGAAAAAGUAUAAGAUUGGAUUGAAAUUAGCUAAAGAUAAGUUACCUAUGACAAAACCAUCCCUCUUUCAGGAAUGCCUUUCCUUCCUAAGUUUUGCAAAGUCUCUGAAAAACAAAAAAUUAUUUUUAUAAGUCCUGAUGAGCUUAUAUUUGAACUUGAAGCUUACUCUUCUGGAGCUCCCAUGACAGACACAUUCUAUCAUUUCAUAAGAAAUACAUUUGUAUAAUUAACUCCAGACACUGUGAGCUACAAAGUUUAAAUGGAUGUUAGAUUCUUAAAAAGCAACUGGUUUAGUGGAACUAUUGAUUCUUAAUCGUAAAAGGAAGGUGUGAAAUCAACCUAAGAAAUUUAUAAAAGCUUUUAAGAAAGAUUAACUCAGUUUUUAUAAGAUAAAAAUGAAAAAAGAAGGAAUUUAAUAGCAAAAAGUGAUGCAAACGAUGACUCUGAUAAAAAAAGCACCCUCAGUAUAAAGAAAAAAAGCGCAGCACAAGAUUUUUCUCAUCAAAUCAGAGUACGAUAAUAAUAAGUAUUGGACAGUAUUGAUCCUUACGAUAAAUACAAACACGACAUUAUUGACCUUAAGUUUAGUGAUCCUGUUAAUGGUCUUAAAGUUAAUGAAGUUUUUAAAAUAAUUUUUGAUGAUACAAUUUCAUAUUAAGGCUUCUCAGAUGUUUAUGAAUACUUAAAAAUUAAAAAAUUCAAUGAUAAAAAUUAUCAAGCAACUAAGUUUUUACCUCCAGUUCCUUCUUUCAUACACGAAGUAAGUAGUUCUGAAGAAGAAAUUUUGUAAAAAAUUAUAAACUCUCCUCAUUACAGUGAGAGAGAAAUAAAAUUCACUCAUCCUCUACCUCCUUCUAAUAUUCCUUUUAUGCCUAAAGAAUGUCAAGUUAAAGAAGUUCUUAAAGCUUACUAUGUAUCUGAUUAAAUGCUUAUCCUUAAUAUAGAAGCAUUUACUAGUGGAAUCCCUAAAGGUGAUUCUUUUAGUGUUAGGGUGAGAUAUUAAUUUGAAUAAAUUGACCCAUUCACUGUAUAAUUAUAAUAAAAAUCUUACCUACACUUCAUGCAAAGCACGUUUCUGUAAGGUUAAAUUGAAAGCAACACUAUAGAAUAGUAGAGAAUAUCUGCUAAAGUGAUUAUACCCUUUUUUGAGUAGAUUGUUUCUCAAUAUAUUUCAAACAAAUAGUAAGUAAACCUUAGCAAAUAAAUAGCUAGUUAGAAUAGUUCUCCAAUCAAACAAAGUGAUACUUAAAAAAAAGAAAGUUUAAAAGCUGAAAUAGAAAACAGAAAAAGAAGAAUUCUCUCUUCUAUAGAACCUAACGAAAAAUACAAACAUAAAUUGAUAGAUUACACAUUCAACUAUUAAAAUUAAGCAAUCAAUUUGCAAUAAGUUUUUAAUUUCUUCUUCAGCGAUUCACUUAAAUUUAAAGAAUACUCUGAUUUUUAGGAAUACAUAAAAAGAGGUAAAAUGGGAGAUUAUGAUUAUUAAAGUACUUUGUUUUCUCCUCCUAUUCCUAAGUAUUUCUAGUUUAAAUCAUAAAGACUCGAUGAAGAUCUAAUAGCUUCUCCUGAUUAUAGUGAGAGGGAGGUUAGAUUAACUCAUCCUUUACCUCCUAGCAAUAUCCCUUUUAUGCCAAAAACUUGUUAAGUAAGAGAAGUAACAAGAGUUUAUUGGGUUUCAAACGAUACCAUAGUUGUCAAUUUAGAAGCCUUUACAAGUGGUAUACCUAAGGGAGACUCUUUUACUGUUCGUGUUAGAAGUAUAUUUAAAUAAAUAGAUGAAGAAAAUAUACACUUCAGCUAAUAUAGCUAUGUUCAUUUCUUAGAAAGCACCUUCCUCUAGGGAAAAAUAGAGAAUGGCACUAUUGAGCAAUCCCAUAUAGCUGUUAAAAAUUGUGUAUUGCCUGCUUAUCAAGAAGCAUUCUAAAUGUAUGUCUAGGAAUAUCUUAGUAAUUACCAAAUAGAUUUUUUCUAAACAGGAUUAAAUUUUAAGCAAAUUAAAUCAGACAACAUAAAAAUAUAAAGCAUAGAUUUGCAAGAUGACCUCAACGAAAUUUACAGCCAAACUGAUGCUGGUAGUAUAGUAUUAAGAUCUCCAACUUUUCGCAGAAACACUUCGCAGUCAAGCAGAAAGAACUCUAAAAAAUUAAACAAACCAAUAUCUACUGCUAAUUAAAAUGACUAAAUAACUCAACUUAACAAAAAUAUUAGUGAUAUGAAUGAUAAAAUUAAAAUCAUCAUCGUAGGCUUCGUGUUGAUCUAUUUAUCAACUUUACUCUUCAUUCUUAUUUUAAAAUGA